AUGAAAAAGAGCCUAUUAGUGACUAACUUAGAAAGGAAAUAUGUAUUUACAGGUAUUCUUCCUGGUGACCAAAGAUUACAAACAAAUCCAACGAUGGAUGAUGAUAAUGAGUUUGUCAAUCCAUUUAAUAAUUUGUUAACUAAUGAUAAUAAUCUGAUAGAGGAAUUGUUGAAAAUGUUUUUAGAAGAUGCGCAAAUUGAAGCUGAUACGAAUGUUUCAGAUCCUGAAAGGUGA